UUUUUAAGACCGCAACUGUACCGAGGGCUCUACAAAUGCUUGUAUAGACAGCACUUGUAGCUCCUCUGUGAUAAACAACAGACACACACACACACACACACACACACACACACAUUGACUGCAGAUCCCCAAAUCCUCAUUCUUCACUGAUGGCUCAUAGCCUCCCCGGGGCUGAGUCACACGCCGGGUCCACUUUAAAAAGCGCUGCAGCUCCGAGUAGAGAGUACAGCUUCAGUCUACUCACUCUUGACGCGACUGAGUGUGGGCAUUCGAAAGAUCAAACUUCAAGGAUGGCGCACACCUGGCUGCUAGUGCUGCUUGUGGUGCUCACCUGCAGUGGUUCCCUCUUGUGUGCGCUGGUGCAGUGGACAGAACUGAACGAGGCAAAGGCCUAUUUGAAGCAGUAUGGCUACCUGAAUGAGCCCACCGAUCCCCAGGACCCCCACUACCUGGAGGAGGUCAUUGAAGCUCUCAGGGUCUUCCAAAGGGUGAAUGAUCUACCCUCUAGCGGAGAGUUGGAUGAAGCCACCUUGGAUGUGAUGAGGCAGCCCCGCUGUGGCUUGGAGGACCGCUUCAACAAAAAGCAUCACAAAUACAGACUGAUGGGUCGUUGGAGAAAGAAGAGUCUGACCUACCGCAUAUACAACUACACACCUGACAUGAAGAAGACACAGGUGAAAACAGCCAUUCAGGAGGCAUUCAAGUACUGGAGUGACGUGACUGAUUUGACCUUCAGAGAGGUCGACUAUGGCAGGGGCGACAUCAGGAUCUCCUUCCAUAAGAGAGACGGCUACUGUCCCGUCCCAUUUGAUGGCCUCGGUCGGGUAUUGGCACAUGCAGAACCCCCAGAAGCCGGAAUUGUCCAUUUCGACGAAGAUGAGUUGUGGACAGAGGGGUCGUACUAUGGCUCUAAUUUGCGUAUCGUGGCUGCUCAUGAAAUCGGCCAUGCUCUCGGGCUGGGUCACUCUCAGUUUAGAAGUGCGCUGAUGGCACCGGUCUAUAUUGGUUACCGUGGCAACUUCCAGCUGCAUUUAGAUGAUGUUCACGGCAUCCAGGCACUAUAUGGCAAACGCACUACCAGCAGCACUCCAUCCAGUCCAACAACGUCACAUACUGUCUUUCCUACUGAGGGUAGCAGUAGCACCAACAGCCCCCCCAACCCGUGCACUGCCACGCUGGAUGCCAUCAUGCUGGGUCCUUGGAAGAAAACCUUUGCUUUCAGUGGAAACUACAUGUGGACCAUCACCGAUCUUGGACACAACACACCAAUAAAGAUAAACAGCCUGUGGAAGGAGCUCCCUGGGAGCUUAAACGCAGCAGUGCACUCUCCAAGGACUAAUAAGACCUACUUUCUGAAAGGUGAUAAAGUGUGGAGGUACACUGGCUUUGUGCUGGAUUAUGGCUACCCUAAGAAGGUGCAGCGUAUCCCUCCCAACAUUGAUGCAGCUUUGUACUUGGAGAAGAACAAAAAGCUAAUCUUCAUCAAGGGCUCGAACUUCUGGCAGUGGGAUGAACUGAAGUACAACAUAUUAGCUUACAGGCCCAGGCCACUCUUCAUGCUCUUCAGCGGCGUGCCGUCCAGCCCAGACGCCGCCUUCACCUGGACCAACGGCAAGGUGUUCUUCUUCAGGGGAGAUGACUACUGGCGUGUCAAUGAGCUGCUGACUGUGGACAGAGGAUACCCGCUUAGCAAGAAAGAGCGCUGGAUGCGAUGCUAAGGAGUGGCCACAAGGGGGCAGCAGAUAUCAGAGGGCGCUGGUUGUUGCGCCAGACAUGCAGUGCUGCAGUGAGGAUUGUCCUUCAACCUAUUGACACUAACCUGCAACACAUUGUGAUAUUUUCUUGACUGUGACGAUUAUGUAAGGUUUUGUAUGAGCUCAUGGAGAAAUUAAAGUGAGGCUUUUGUUUUUUCUCUCAAACAUAUGUGUUGCAUUAUGAGUCUUGAUGCUUGGAGGAGCAUGUAACACGAUGAUGGGAGUGUGCUCUUUCUGCUGGUUUGAUCUGUGCUUCCAUUGUGCAAUUAUUCCCACUGGGUCGCUACAAAACAGCAUGCACUGUAUUUGUAUCUGCUGAUAUUUUGCACAAUUAAACAAAA